UAUUCCUGUUGAUUCAGCCUGUCUUGAAAAAAAAAAGAAGCAAUGCCUGUCAGUCUAAACUCAGGUCACUAAUUCUAGGACCACACAAGUGUCACGAUCAAAAAAAUCUGAGAAACGGAAACAACACUCUUCUUCGCAAUCGGGUUGUUGUUUUUCACGUCGCACAGCAAGGUCUGGCUUACUGUGUGUGGUCCCCAUUAAAUUAGAUUCUAACGCUAUAGGAAUGUAAAAUUUAAAGCAAACAUCCAGCCAGUUCUUUUACUAUUUCCCGUUGAUGUAGAUGUCUUUGCUAUUGCCUGUAAAACCCGAAUGCCGCUCGAUCCAUCCUAAGGUUGACGUUUAGUACGCUUUUAAUUUAUAAAAAAAUCCAAUAAGUCAAACUUUAAUUGACUUUAAUUGUACCCAACUCACACUUGGAUGCUAGUGGACGUCUACCCGGUGUUUGUGUGUAUCGCUUCAGGUUUUCAAGUCAAAACCUCAUUUCCCACAAGGCUUUGCGCCCGCAGAACCGUUCACGUGACAGGUCACAUGAACAAACCGCGGAGCGAGCCCAUGAAACAUGCUAAAAGUCUCUACCCGGCUUCCGCUGAAGUCCAUUACUUGACUCACACUUGCAGGAGAAGGGACGAGUUGUAACAGCUAUGUCUCAAUCUGCUGGGAAGAAAUUGACAGGCCUAAUUGCGGCCACAUUCACUCCAUUCACUUCUCAAGGUGAAGUCAACUUAUCAGAGAUUGGACCUUAUAUUGACUACUUGACAGAGAAGCAAGGUGUCAAUAAAAUUUUUGUGAACGGCACCACCGGAGAGGGCAUGUCUCUCAGCGUCGCCGAGAGGAAGUUACUGGCGGAGGACUGGUGUCGGAAAGCCAAGGGAAAAAUGGAGCAGGUGAUUUUGCACGUUGGCUGCACCAGUCUCAAAGAUUCCCAAGAACUUGCUCGCCAUGCAGUGGAGAUCGGGGUCGACGGGAUAGCAGUCAUUGCUCCCUCCUUCUUCAAACCUCGCUCUGCAGAGUCGCUGAGGGCGUACCUCCAGGAAGUGGCCGGCGUGGCCCCGACUGUGCCCUUCUAUUACUACCACCUUCCAGCUCUUACUGGCAUUAAUUUGCCAGCAAGCGACUUGCUGGAAGGCAUCGAGACGCUCAUUCCCUCCUUCCGAGGCGUCAAAUUCUCCGGGACCGACCUGAUGGACUUCGGCCAGUGCGUCAGCCGCAUCCUGCCCCACUGGUCCGUCCUCUACGGCGUGGACGAGCAACUGUUGGCAGCCCUCGCAUUGGGAGCCAGCGGAGCAGUCGGCAGCACGUACAACUAUCUGGGAAGUCACAUGAACAAGCUGGUGUCCGAGUUUGAGAGCGGCAACCUUGUGCAGGCCAGGAGCCUUCAGUUCAAGAUGCAAGAGCUCAUCAGAUAUGCUAUUAAAGUUGGAUUCGACUUGGGCGUGAACAAGCAGCUGAUGAACGAGGUGUCGGGCCUGCAGCUGGGCCCCCCUCGGCUCCCCCUCAUGCCGUGUCCUCAAGAGCACGCCGUGUCCAUCAAGCAGAAGUACCAGCACCUCUUCCCCAUCCGCUGACCUCACCGCUGCGCUCCACUUCACUCAGUAUUCAUCUACUGUCUUCACAGAAAUCUUACUGUUACACACACUGAUGUAGUAAUCAUCAAGGGAUUUUGCCUUAGCUAUUUUAAGAGCAAAUAUAUGUUUCUGUCAAAGAAAAAGUGGCAUACUUUUUAUUUUACAGUCAUCUUCCAAGACAUUUAUAAUUCAUCAGUUAAUGUUCAACCUGUUUCCUGUGUACAUGUGGCCUUGCUUUCCCCUGUGGAUUAAUUGAAAGAAUGCACAUUUUGUAACGGGAAACAAGCAGCUGUGGAAAGCUGCAGAAUGCUGCAUUUCAUAUCCUUCAGCUUUCGCUCCGUGUACGAGUACACUCGUCGUCCUCCCCAGUAAGACAAUUCAUACAUAUCAUUGAAUGACUAGCGUGCACUUGUAAAACGAUGGCGUCCUACUAGGAAUAUUUUUUUUUCCUCUACUAGUGGCACUGUUUGCCCUACUAUUAUGCUGCACACAAAUGGAAUAAGUUGCCAACAGAAUUGACGUCAGCCUCAAGUGUGCAUGUUUUUAAGUCCAGGUUAAAAACUCUUCUCCCCCCCCCCCCCGCCCCCCACAUGCUUUUUAGAGCAUUUCCACUUUUAAAUGAUAUUUCUUUCACUGUAUGCUGUUUUAAUUGUAUUUUUUUUCCCUCUGUGUUUGAAAUGUUUAUCAGCUGUUUUUUUUUUCUUUGUUGUUUUAAAUGCUUUUAAUCAUGUAAAGCACUUUGAGUUACCUUGUGUGUGAAAUGCACUAUAAAAAUAAAUUUGCUUUGCUUUACUA